AUGCAGCCAUUGAAGAAAUUACGACAGUUUCGUCUAGCACCGGAGGGCCCUAUGCGACAACAGUUCAAGGACAUGCCUAUCUUCGGGGUGAACGCUGCUGUCGACAAACCGGGAUACAUCCACGUGGGACAAACCGUUUACGCACGUUACAAGAAGUCCGCCUUUUAA